AUGAGAACAUCCCCCAAAAAAUAUGGAGGACGACGGCGACAUCAGCCAGAUUCAGCUGACCGAAAGCUGACUGAUGCUCAGCUUCAGGAUCCGAGAAGGGCAAUGCCAGGACAGCUCGCAACGGAUCCAGAUGAAAUCGUCAAAUUCAAUGCACCGUUUGACAUCAGUCAAGCGUUCAACAUCCGGAUUCGAAAUCAGUCCAAUCGACGGAUCGCAUUCAAAUUGAUCUCCAUCGACUCGGAUCGUCUCGAAUUUCAUCCUCCUAUUGGAAUCGUGGAGGAGAAAAAAGAACGUGCCGACGUCAUAAUCGAGACGAAAGUCUUCCAACUCCGUCAAGGAAUCAGCGAUCGGAUCGUCAUCGAAUGGAUGAACGUAUUGGAGAUGUGGGACCGAACUACUUCUUGGAAGGAAGAAAAAAGGAUACGAAGGUGUUGA